AUGAGACGUUUCAAGCAUCGCAUUCAGAAAACUACUUAUAACGUUGGAGAUCUGGUACUAGUACGGAAUAGUCAAGUAGAAGAUACAUUAAGUGCCAUGAAGACCCAGCCACGUUAUCUCGGCCCCUAUCGAGUUGUGGAAAGAACCUCUAAUGGAAAUUAUGUAGUACAAGAAUUAGACGGUACUAUACUAGCAAAACCUUUUGCUGCAUUCCGCAUUAUGAGCUAUAUUUCCAGAGAUGACCCAAUUCUGAAUCAUGAUGCUAUAAUUGAUGAAAUAUCAGAAGACGAGUUAGUAGAAGAAAUAGCACCGGAAUCUGAAGAAGAAGAAGCCCCUAUCUAG